AUGCGUGAGCUGGAAGCUGCUGAAGGACUCGUCACGGAGCUGGUCGCAGAGCGUAUCGAGCUCUCGGAACUUGCGGAUAUGCAGCGCGAACUCGACAAAGCAAAUUCCGAGAAAGAGAGUCUUUUGCAGCAGUUGCGGGAAGUUACUCUAGAUCCUCUAGCGGCGAUCCGGCAUUCGCAGAAGACGAUAUCAGGUUUGCAAGCGGAACGCGUUGCUUCAAAUGUGUCCGCACUGAACUCACUCAUAGAAGCGACGCCUCUAGCGAAUACGAAUGUGAACCUGCGAAAUUUCAUCGCGAACUACGAAGAGAAAGGGAAUUUGCGAGCUUCCUUAACAACUUCGCAUGCUGGUGCUGCAGGAGGCGCACUUGGCGGUGGUCAGGACUCACAGUUGGGAGGGCGUCCUUCUG